GUUUCGAAUUUGUAAUUUCGUUCGUAAUUCGUAAUUACGAACGGAUAUUACGAACUUGUGAUUUGUAAUACUUCAAACACUCAAUAUCCUCCUCUGUGUUUAUCUCAUCCAGUUUUGUUUCGUGAGUCAAGCGCAGUCGCCAUGAAGGCGCGGAGGAGCUCGGGCCUGCGGUACCGACCGUACGCCCGCAGUACGUCCAUCCACCACUCCGACCCGGAGGUCAUCUGCGACGACGACGAGCCGGACGACACGAUCGUGGUGGUGUACGACCGGCGGCGCCACCAGGCCGCGCCGGCCGCCCCCGGCAGGGGCGCCGCCGCCGGUCGGAAGGAUGGCGGAGCGGGCGCGGCGGCGGCAGCUUCCUCAGGGACUCCUGCCUCCGCGGCGCCGGGCUCAGCGCCGCCGCCGGCAGGCGGGACGGCCACCAAGUCGCAGCUGGAGUUCUCCCCGUGGCGAGUGUCGCGGAUCCCACUGCCGGCCGACCCCAACACGCCGGACCACUCCAAGACGCUGUGCGCCAGCCCCGCCGACGCCGCCACCUCGGGACACAAGGCGGCCGCUGAGCUGACCGUUGACGAACUAUUCAGUCCCUUCUCGGCAUCCCCGGUCGUGCGGAACACUGACACAGGCACGGUGAAGAAGUGGAAGCGGAAUCGUCGGAAGUCUCGCCGCGGAAAGGGUCCGAUCACUUCGACGCCGGCUCCUGGCGCUCCAGGCGGCGCUCGCGGCAGCACGGGCUCGGCGCCGGCCACACCGGCGGCCCUCCGCCCGCCGGACGUCAGUGAGGUGCGUGAUGUCACACCCUUUGUGAUCACGCUAGACGAGGAUCCUACUGUAUUAGAAGUAACGGAAGUACGCCGUGUGGUGCGUCAGACCACGCCCUCUGAGAAACGGACGGUCAGGACGGACCUUAGCGCGGACGUGAUGCUGCUCGACACCUCCUCUGAGAGGACGCCGGCACGUCGCUUGAGGGCCGCCAAUCUGUCCAAGAUGCGGCCGGGGCGUGUCGGUUCCAAAUCGCCGGGGGGACGGGUGACCAAGAAGUCUCCAGCACAGCCUGCCAGAAAGUCUCCAGCAAAGAAGUCUCCUGCGGUGAAGGGGAAGACGGCGGCUGGUACGGCCGCCCCGGCCGCUGACCUCGAGAGCUCCCUGGAGGAGGGCGAGCUGUCCCGCACCCGCCAUGACUCCAACGACUGCACGGUUGUGCGGGUGAAGCCGCUGCGCCGCACCAGCAGCACGCAGCGGCGCCUCCAGGCUGUGAAGAAGAUGGCGGUCCGCACACUCAGCCGGUCGCAAGUCAAGACGCCGAGCAGGCCGGGAAAGUCGGGCAGGUCGCACCGGUCGAAAAGGUCCGACAGGCCAAGGGAUCACCGCAGUCAGCGAAACCUGAAGGGACCGAAUGAGCGGGGGCCAACACGCUGGAUGGUGGACCGGCGCGGCAGCAGGUUUGCCGCUCCCCUUGGAGCCACCUCCGACCAGCCCAUCAAGUUCGCGCCAGACUUUUCCGAGUCGUUCGCGCGUAUGGUGUCGGAGCGGCCGAAGCGACCCGUCAUCAUCGAUGGACCCAACGUGGCCUAUGCGUGA